AUACUUGCAAGAAGGAAAUGUUGGUAAUAGAAAAUGAAGACAACCUCAUUACCUUCUCAGACCAGAACUAUACUCCAUAUGAACCCUAAUACAACGAGCUCUGAGUCUGCACAAGGACCAUAACACAUAAAAAAAAUAUUUGGCUGGAAAAACCAAAUUGAAUGUAAAUUUGCUGGAGUAAGUGGAUCGCUCGGAGGUGAAUACAAGAUCAAUGGAAAGAGAAGCACUGGCUACAUGGUGAUCUACUGCAGUCUACACUGCCACCCUGAAAAUUACUGUAUCAGUGUUCAACUUUGAGACAUCAGCUUUGCCACGUGCAUAGAUUUUCUGGUAAAAUACUGUUUUAGCGUUCCUUAGGAAUUGGUGAAAUGUGUCGGAACAGUAGUGAUGCUUGGAGCAAAGUGGCUAUAGCCACAAGUCUGUUGUUCUUGGUCAGUGGAGUCAGCGGGACGACGGGCACCACAGAAGAACGCUGGGGGACGCUGGUGGCGGUAACGGCGGUGCGAGGUUCCAUGGCCAAACUUCCUUGCCGCAUCAGCUCCGACAACCCCUCCGAGCCCGUCCUGCUUGUUCUUUGGUACAAGAACGCCUCUGUCACCCCCGUCUACAGCUAUGACUCCCGCGCCCUGGAAAGGAGGUCUACCGGAGGUGGCCGUCCUCAGCAGUGGGGCGACGAGGAGGCAUGGGGAACAGAGCAGCGAGCCUGGUUUGACACCACCGGGACUCCCGCCCACCUGCUGGUGAAGAAUGUUCUAGGUCGGGACGAAGGUAACUACACGUGUAAGGUGCAUUUCCGGGCCUCGCCGUCCUGGUCUCAGCGCGUCACUCUUACCGUGCGUGACCCACCAGGUUAUCCGAGGAUCCAGGAUGAGUCUGGCCAGCGUCUGGAGGGUCCCAUCGGACCUUACGGUGACGGGACCACCGUGAGGAUGAUGUGCCUCAGCUCUGGGGGUGAGCGUGUGUGUGUGUGUGUUAUUCGUUAUCUAGUUGAAGAUAGGUAAUAAUAGGUUGUGUGUGUGUGUGUGUGUGUGUGUGUGUGUGUGUGUGUGUGUGUGUGUGUGUGUGUGUGUAGGAUGGCGUAGUAUUUUAAUUUUAACAUCCGUCUUAGGACCUUAUAUAUUUUACAUGGCCAUAGAUAUUACUUGGUAAUAAACUAUGGAUUUAUGAUGACACUAUAAAAGCAUGUUACUCUAAUGAAU